UCAUCAAAUAAAAUAAUUUCUUUUAUAAAUAUAAGAAAUUAUUCAACAAUCUCAAAAAAAAAGAUAUUGAUUUGUGGAAAUGAUAUCCCUGGUUUAUCUUUGGCACUUUUUUUAAAAAAAAAAGGUGUUUCGAGUGAAAUCGUUGACAGUGGUAAUAAUUCAAAGAAUGACACAGGUAUUGUUUUAACCAAUAAUUGUUACAAUGCUUUUAAAAAUAAUGGAGGUGGAACAGUUGCAGAUGAACUUUUAAAUAAUAGUACUCAAUUAAAUGGUAUUGGUUACUUUUCAAAAUAUGGUCAAUCAUAUGGAUUUUUAAACUUUUUAGAAUAUUUUAAAAACAUCCAACCAUCAAAUUCAAUAGUAUUUUCAAGUAGUGAAUCAAAAAUUAAAGAAAUUUUAACAUCGCAAUGCAUUCAAAGUAAUAGAGGCGAAGGAAGUGUAUCAUUUAAAAAAGGUUUAAAAAUUAAAAAAAUUUCAGAAAAUGAAAAACAACAACAACAAACACAGCAACAAGAAGAAGGUGAUGGUGUAUUUAUAACAUUUUCAAAUUCACAUAUAAAAGUUCAUUAUGAUAUGGUAAUUGGUUCAAGUAAUUGUUAUGAAUCACAAGAUCCAGUUCGUGAGUAUUUAUCAGAUAAAUUAGAAAAAUCAACAAUUCAAGAUUCAUUGUUUGGAAAAGAGUCAUCAAUGUUACGUUAUUUUAGCACAGUUAUCAAUAAUACAGCAGAGUUAUCACCACCAAUUAUCACUACUCAAUUCCAAAGAGAAAAGAAAUUGACCUCUUUUAUUUUACCAAACAAUAAAAUUGCACUCUCUGGCUCUUUCCUUAAGAAACAAUUAAAACAAAAUGAAAUUGAUAAUAAUAAUACAAACUUUAAAAAUUAUGUUUCUGGUGAGUUUUCAAUUUUUGAAGAUUUAGGUGCUCAUAAUAUUGUUUCACUUCAAGAUAACCAAACUGAAUUAACAUUAAGUACAAUUAGCGACUUUACUUUUAAAUCAUAUGCACACAAUUCAUUAUGUUUAAUUGGUGAUGCAGCUGAUAAAUUACCACAGGAUAAUUUAUUUGGUACAGUUAUUGGUAUUGAAGAUGCAAGUAAAUUGGUUCAAAUAAUUACAAAAGAUGAGGAAUAUAAAAGUAUUCCAAAACAAUUACAAGAGUUUAACAAAGAUAGAGUCACUAGAAUGGAUCAACACAUGAAAGUUUUUAUGAAUGAUAAAAGAUCAAUUUUCGACUAUCAUUUCUUAUUACUUUUAUUGGGAAAAUAUUACUUGAAAAUGGUUUAUUCAGGAAAAAGUCAAUACAAAAGAUUAAAAAAUUUAAUU